UGCUCUUCUUCAACUUCGCACGGUAUUCGAAGCGUCGUAUCCCGCACCACCACCACCCACCCCCGCGAGCUCCGUCGUUCCCCGAGCAUGGAUUUGAUAGUGCGUCAGGUGCUGUUCGCCCUAAUGGCGAGCAUCGGCAUCGUGCUCUGCGAACCACCCCUCAGCAAUCAGUACGGCGUCCCCGGAAAUUACGCAGGUGGAGGUCAUCAUGGGGCACAAGGUGGUGGGAACGGAUUUGGGGGCCAUUAUGGUGGGCACGAUAAUCAAGAUUAUACAGAUAAUGAGCCCAAGGCCUACGAGUUCGGCUAUUCCGUGAAGGAUCAGGCUACCGGAAAUGAUUUCGGUAGGCAAGAGACGAGCGACGGCGAGACCGUUCGCGGGGAGUACAGAGUGCAGCUUCCGGACGGUAGGACGCAGAUUGUCACUUACACCGCCGACUGGAGGACCGGUUUUCACGCCGAUGUUAGGUACGAGGGUACCGCGACUUAUCCGGACCAGUACAGCACCGGAUAUAACGCUGGUCAAGGUUUCGGCUACCAGGGAAAUCAAAUCGGCGGCGGAGGCGGAUUUACCGGAGGUAAUCAGGGCGGUUACAACUACCCACAGGGCGGUGGACACUACAACAACGCCAACAACUACCAGUUUGGCGCUAACUCCCUAGACAGCAGUUAUAACAAUUUUGGUGGGAGAAAUUACCCGGGAGCACCGUCACCCACAUACGGUCCUGCUUUCCAUUAAAACAUAUAAGAAAGUAUUAUAUAGGAUAUACCGAUCCCCCGCU